AUGUCUUUAAUCAGUGUGGCGUCGAAAAACAUACUUGCAAAUUUUGAAACGGAAACACUCAGAAAGUGUUUCAAAUAUCAAGCAGGUAUACAAUGUGUGUCAUCGAAACAACAUGGCGAUAAUGGGCCAAGAUCCGAAAUGCAACAACUUUUGAAACUUUUGGAUAAAAACCAUUAUGUUUCUAGGUACACAGUUUGUGAUGAUAAAGUCAUUGUUCCUGAUAUAUUUUGGACUCAUCCCAAAAGUAUUAAGUUAUUCAACACCUUUCCCAAUGUCCUCAUUAUCGAUUCAAUGUAUAAGACCAACAAGUAUAAACUUCCGCUUCUUGAAAUUGUUGGUGUUACUUCUAUGGAGAAUAUUUUUCAGUGGGAUUUGCAUUUUUUGAAUAUAAAAAAUAGUUAG